UGUUAGGUUUAAGAUAUCGGGUAGAUGAGAUUUUCACGUCAGCCGGUUGCACCCGGCAACAGCCUUGUCAGUCGGAAUAGAGCUAUACGAUAAACGGCCGUGUCUCAUUUCUCGGCACCCUUUUCCCUCCAAAAUAACAGUGGCGACGAUUUAACGGACUUAACGCGUGUGUUGGUUUUAUUCGGGGUUAAUCAUGGCAAAAAUGUCAGUUGGAUUUUUGAGUGUGUUCAAUCACGAAGAACAGGAGUGGUUAUUAUAUAAGGGCCGUCUUGAACAAUGGUUUAUAGCAAAUGACAUAAGCGAGGACACGGACAAAUCGGGCGCAAAACGUCGGGCUAUUUUAUUAAGUAGCUUAGCAGAGCCGACGUACCGACUCGUAAAAAAUCUCGCGCUCCCGGCCGAGGUGGGAGCGCUCGAGUUAGCAAAGUUAACGGGCCUUCUCGACGGCCAUUUUAAAACCGGACAGUGCGGGUUCGCGGAACGUUUCAAAUUUUUCGGUGCAGUGCAAUCGUCGGGCGAGUCGUUAGCGGAUUGGGCGGCGCGAGUUCGUGGUUUAUCAUUGCAUUGCAAUUUCGUGGCGGCGAGUUUAGAAGAGUCGCUGCGAGAUCGGUUCGUGCUGGGCAUGUCUGGAGGCCCGGAGCGGGACCGGCUAUUCAGAGAGCCUCUGGAGGGCUUCACACUAGCGAAGGCACUGCAGUUAGCGGAGAGCAUCCGCUGCGCCAGAGAAGGCGCGCAGCAGGCGACGGUGCGCGACACAGCGGACGUGCACAAGGUGUCGGCGCGGGCAGCCGGCCCGCAGCAGCACGCCACCGCGACUCGGCAGAACGGGGUUCCGCAGGCGAGCACCUCGCGGGAUCAAAAGGGUUCUGUACAGUGUUCAGUGUGCGGAUACUUUAACCAUGAGGGCAAGAAGUGUAGAUUUAGAAAUGCGUCGUGCAAGUUAUGCGGUGUUAAAGGGCAUUUAAUGCGCGUGUGUAACGCGAAAAAUGUCCCAUCUAAUCACCAUUUCCUACAAUGUUGCACGGAUGAAGCCGAUGAGGUGUUCGCAGAUGCAGCAGUACCGUGGCAGUAGGAACAUUAUAUUU